AUGAAGUCUUGGCUUUGCGAGAGAGCUAAAGCUGGGAAGUUUGAUACUAAGGGUAAGAUCGAGCAGAUGACUGAUAUUAUCAGAAGACUUAGGGUCUGUGUUAAAUGGUUCCAACAAGUGGACGAAACCCAUCUCCAGGAGAAGGAGACUCUUCGGUCUUCUCUGGAAUCUGCAGAGAAAAUAUUUAGUGAUAAAGAAGAGCUACAAGCAACCAUAGCGGAGAUGAAGGAGAAGAUAGUGUCACUACAGGAGAAGUUCUCAAAGGAAGAGUUGAGUAAGCUGGAUGCAAUUGAGAACCACAAAAGAGAAAAGGAAUGCAGAGCUGCAGCUGAGAAGCUUGGAGAUUCUCUCAGAGGAGAGCUUGACAAAGCGAAAGAAGAGAUAAUGGCUGGCAAGCAUAAGGAGAUGCCCAUGAAAGAUAUUAACACAAGGCUUCAAGAGUACAGCACAGGUUCGCAACAAUAUAACUCCAAGCUCCAGACUGGUCUUGAAGCAGUUCGAGAGGCACAAACUCGUGCUGAAAAAGAAAAGUCAAGUAUACUGGAGAACCUUACUACUCUAAGGAGUCACAGUAAAUCACUACAAGAUCAACUAGCAUCGAGCCAAGAGUCAUUGCUGACUGAAGUCAAGAACCUUCGGAGUGAGCUCCAACAAGUCGGAGAUGAUCGUGAUCGCCAUGUUGCACAGUCACAGAAGCUGGCUGAUGGGAUACUCAAGUACAAAGAGAGUGUUGGAAAGUCAUCUCGUGAAUUGGACAUUUUGAUUGGAAAAUCAGGAUCGUUGGAGGAAACAUGUUCCUUGCAAAAAGAGCGUAUGAAAAUGUUGGAGCAGGAAUUAACUUUUGCUAAAGAAAAGCUAAAGAUGGUAGAUGCAUCUAUGUCUCUUACUAUGACAGAAUUUGGGGAGCAACAAAUUGAUAUUGCGAAAAGAUCAACGAAAUGGAAAGCAUAA